AUGAUGGAAGAAGAUUCAUCACAAACCAAACUAGUGAAGAAGAUGCCAAAGUUCAUGGCCGCUGCUCCAAGUUUCUGGUUCUUCGUCUUGGAAUGCCACUUCCAGCUAUACGGCAUCACCGCAGACGACGCCAAGUUCAACUACGUUAUUUCAGCUCUCCGACGCGACUUGAAAUAUAAGUUACCAAAUUAUGCUUUUCAAAAGUCACUUGAUCUGGAAAAGUCACUGAAAAAAAGACCGCGCAUUCCUAAAUUUCCUAAGAAGUUUGCUGUGGACGCAAGUCUGAACACGAAAGUUUCUUUGUUCAUCGGAGACAUCACGGCCCUAAAGAUUGACUGCAUUGUAAAUGCAGCUAACUCGUCCCUGCUCGUCGGGGGAGGAGUGGACGGUGCAAUCCAUAGAGCUGCUGGACCAAGCCUCCGGGAGGAAUGUAUGACCCUGGGUGGAUGUCGUACAGGUGACGCUAAAAUCACUCAUGGAUACCAGCUACCUGCUAGAACAGUUAUUCACACUGUUGGCCCCGUAAACGGAGACAGGACGGACCUGGAAAAUGCCUAUCGGAGCUCCCUCAAUCUGGCACGCGAACAUAAGCUGAGAUCCAUUGCUUUUCCCUGCAUAGGCACGGGAGUCUAUGGCUUCCCAAACGACAAAGCUGCUGGGGUUGUGAUUCCCCUGGUACGAGAAAUACUCGAAUCCAAACCAUUUGAUUUCGAUAGAAUUAUUUUCUGUUUGUUCUUGCCUAUUGAUAUCGAUGCGUAUCAUUGCGUCAUGCGACAGGUCUUCCCACUUUAG